AUGGAACUUGAUGGCCUUUCUGCCGGUCUGACGCAUACAACCCGGGUUAGUCAACGAAGCUGCAAUGCCGCAGCUGGUGCAGUCGGCGUUGUCACAGAAGGAAGCCCAGCCCUCAGUGUCGCCAUUGUUGUUGAGGGUGCCUACGGUGGCAUUGGAGGAGUCGAUGACCUCGUUCGCAGAGGCGGUUGGGGCGGCGCGGAUAAGUUUGGCUGCGGCUGCGAGGGGGACGAUAGUCUUGCUGGUGAAGAUUAUCUGGGCGAGGUAUCUUCGUUAGUAUCUGUUGAUAUCAAAGAGGUGAAAUAUGGGGAUGACAGUCAAGCUUACUUCUUACUUUGA